CCCAGGGACACCCCAGCUCCAGCCUCACUCGUGGCUCCCUCAGCCCUCCCAGCAUCAUGAGAGUCCUUGCAGCCACCUUGGCUGUUCUGCUCCUUUUGGCCAUCUGCUCCCUGGCUGAGGCUGAUCACAGAGUCUCCAGGAAUGCUGCACUUCUUGAGAAUGAAAAAAACCCCAUCGACUGCUGCUUCAAAUACAUAUCACGCCGUAUUCCACGCAGAACGAUCCACUCUGCCUAUGUGACCAGUCCCAGCUGCCCAAUGCCAGCCGUGGUCCUGGUCACCAGGAAGGGGGGGAAUGUGUGUGCAGACCCCAAGGCUCCCUGGGUGCAGAAAUACCUGUGGGACUUGGAGCUUCCACAGAACUGGCUCUUCCCUACUUCUGACCCCGAGCAGAGGGAUCAGCCCCCAGCACAAGAGUAAGAGUGCUUGAGCUGCAUCCUUCUUCAAAGGGAAAAUUUAUUACAAUUGCC